UGUAAAUUAGCGCCGAUUCCACUCGUGUUUACACUAUUUUAUAUGUGGCAUAAUAGAAAAACUCUCAUAUGAUCUUAAAUUUCAUUCAUACACUUUUACUGUUCACUGAUUGACUAAGAUUCGCUUAUGCAUUAAGAGAGAUUUUAAGAGAAAAAAUAAUGUUAAGCCGCUCAUGUAGCAUUAGAUAAGCAGUACAUAUUCUGUAAAUUAAGAUGAAUUCCAACAAUCUUAGAAUUCGUAGUAGUGAUAUUAAAACAAGAAACACCACUUGUUUCGAUCCAGUGGUUAUAUCAGACUGUUUUAGAAAAAUACUAAAUAAAAAUGAAGUUUUUGAUGAGUUUUUGGAGGCAAAAUCUGAAAAGCAGAUUUCAAUAAUAAAACAAAUAUUGUUCAGAAUUAAAGACAACUGCACUUAUGAUACAGUACACUUUCUAGUUAUUGUUUAUUUAGAAGCUGAUAUUAAACACCCAGCAAAAAGCAUGAUAUCAAGAUAUGUCACCAAAAACGAUUUUAUUCAGAAGGAAUUUACAGAGCUUCUUACAAAAGAGCUGGAUAAUCUCAUAAAUAAACCAUGCACAGAUUAUAAUAGCUUUGUCCAUGUGAUUACUAAAGUGACAAGCUGCAUAGAAAACUUCCCUUCUGGUGCAGCUGCAGUACAAAAUUUAGAAAUUAACCUUGCCGAGUAUUUUAAAAAUUGUUUAUACUGUUGUAUUUCUACAUUAAGUGAUGACAGCAAAGCUUUAGCGCCUACGGAGAAAAACGAAAUAUUUACUUUAGUUCAUUCCACUCUAAGACUUUUAUUGCACAUAAUACAAAAAAUAAGAGAAGAGAAAACAUCAAACUUAAUCGCAUUAUUUGGAGACAUAAGAAUCAGCCUUAAGUACCUAAUAUGUGACGAAGACGCACCGAUGGACACCAAAUCAGUCUGUGGAUUACUAUACGUAUCGAUGCAUGUUGUGGAAAACAAUUCUGACUCUUGGAUUGAUAUAUUAGAAUCGGGACAUAACGAUGACAAUUUCAAAGAUAUUUUCUCCGACGAAUCCGCCAAACUAUGCAUUUACUCUGCGCUAGUCACCGUGAUACCCACAAAUAAGUUAAAAGUGGAACUUCCCACCGGAGAACCGGCUAUCAUCAAAAUCACCAAAAAAAUACUGGAAAUAGGCGAGAGGCGCUCGUGGGACGCGGCCGUGAGCCUGGCCGUGUGCCGCGCGCUGGCGGCCGUGAGCGCGGGCGCGGGCGCGGCGCUGCUGGCGCUCGCGGUGCCGUGGCUGUGCGGCGCGCUGGAGGCGGGCGCCGACGCCGUGCAGCACGCCGCCGCGCUGGCGCUGCGCCGCCUCGUGCGCCGCGCCGACCUGCAGCGCCGCGACGGCAACGAGGAGGUGCUGGACGCCCUGGUGGCGCAGCUGGGGGCGCUGGACAGGGAGCGCAAGAGCUUCUACGUGGGCGUGUGCGCGCUGGGCGCCGAGCUGGGCGCGGAGCGCGCGCUGCGGGCGGGCGCCGGCGUGCGCGCCGCGCUGCUGGCCGCGCUGCGCGCGCAGCCCGUGCAGGCCGCCGCAACGACGGCUCUGGAGACGCUGCUCCAGAAGCAUAUCCAGUCAGCCAGUACCGAUGUUAUAUUCGAGCAGUGGAUAGAGCCGAUCCUGAGUCACGUCAACGACGACGCCGUGGACUCCUCCGUCCUGAACAUUCUAGAGAAUCUACUCGUACUCGCUUUGAAACUUAACAGCGACCUCAUGGACCAUAUCUUACCGCGCAUUCAGUCGUCGCGUGCGCAGACCCGGAACCUGCUGGUGUGCGUGUCGGCUCUGCGGCGAGCGGGGGGGCUGCAGCGUGUGGGGGGCGUCCAGGAAGAGACAGAGGGGUGCUGGAAGGGGGUGCUUUCCUACGAGCUGCUAGAACAAGCAGCCGUGGACUGCAGCGAACAGAACCGAAUACUAUGCAUAUCUCUCAUUGUGGAGUCUCCGAAGUCAACAGAAAUAUUUACGAAGGACGAACUGGACCUCGUCCUCUGGUUCCUGCAGUUCAACAUCAAUGCUCAGCAGCCGCAUUUUAGGCAACUACUGCUUUCCAUUUUAAAAAGGUUCAUAAAGCGUCUAGAAAGCAGCUACGGUGCUCUGAUACGUGAAAACGACCCUACAGGGGGAGACAAUAAGAGUCAAUAUUACUUGACGUUCAUCGAUCGGCUGGAAGAACUCUGCUACGACAGCCUGCUGCAAGGCGCCAACUACAGCCGGCGGUACGUCGCGCUGCAACUGCUCGUGUGGACCGCCGGCCUCACCAUGACCGGAUACGUCCGGAGAUGGCAAGAUCAUCAAAUAGAAACACUUCUGUAUCACCUCGGGGACAGCUACGAGAACAACAAGGCGCUGGCGCUCGAGCUGCUGUGUCGGUGUCCCGUGGACAUGAUGAGGUCUAAAAAAUACAGCACAAGUCUCGAGCUCAAAGACAUCUUAGCGGAAGCUUCGUCCGUGAAGCCCACGGACUGCGUGACCGCCGUCUACAAGCUCAAGUUACUCAGGAGCGCGCUGCCUGAGAAGAUCCUACCGGGGACUGACAGUCACACAGCCAACAACGUGAAACUGUCCCUGCUCACCACCCUGCUGGACGAGCUGGAGGGGCAGCUGGGCGAGUGCGAGCGCAGCCUCGUGCUGGGCGCGCGGCGGGCGCCCAUGUACGGCGUGCUGCACUGCAUCGCGCUCGGCGUGCAGGCCGUCAGCCCCUACGGCGUCCGGGAGGCGUGGGCGCGCAGCGUGCGGCGCGUGCUGAGCGCGUGCGUGCGCGUGUGCGCGACUGUGCGCGCCGUGCUCACGUGCGCCGCGCCCGAGGGCCACCUGCCCACCGCGGGACACAUGGGGCACAUUCCACUCGAAGAUGGCCACGAGGUGACGGCGCAGAUGGUCCUGCUCUGUGCGUGGAGAUCGAUCAAAGAGGUGUCUCUAAUCCUUAGUACGUUAGUAACCCAAGCGUUAACCCACGAUGAGUUCAAACCCGCGACCCUCCGUUCGACACUCGUGCGUCAGGUGGGAGAGAUGUUCACAACCCUGCUCACCGAGACCAAGCAUAGGGGGGCCUUCGAACAAGUGUAUGUCGGCUUUACGAGGAUGUUAACGAGCUUAUGGCGAAGUCGGAAUCCCGAAUUUAAUUCGUUGCCCAAACUGUGGCUGGAGGAGUUGCUGUCGUCCAUCGAGAGCGGAGACCCCGACCGGAGACUGUGCUCCACCCGUCGCAGUGCGGGGCUGCCCUUCAUGAUACAGGCGCUGGUGAUAACGGAGCUCCAGGUGCACGGCAACCCCGGCGGCUUCGAGGCGUGUACGGGCCGCCUGCUGCGCCUGGCGGGCGCCGGCGCCGACGACGCGGCCGCCGCGCGCACGCGCUGCCACGCGCUCAACGUGCUGCGCGCGCUGCUGCGCGACCGCGGCCUCACGGAGCGCGGCGCGCCCUGCGCGGCCGACGCGCUGCUGCUGGCGCUGCGGGGCUUCGAGCGCCGCACGUGGCUCGAGCGCAAUUCGGCCACGUUGCUGUUCAGCGCACUGAUGGUGCGCAUAUUUGGGGUUCAACGCAACAAAGACUCGGAGAAUUUGUGCGUGCGGAACCGGAUGACCGGGCGGAUAUUCUUCCUAAAAUAUCCGAAACUUUAUGAUUUCAUGCUCGAAAAGCUAAAAGAAGCCCACGACGACAACGAAGAAAGUUUGCUGCGUCCAUCUCUAUACCCAAUUCUGCUCCUGCUGGCCAGACUAUACCCCUCCUCGCUCGAAGGGACCGUCUCCAACCUGAAGUUGACAGCGUUCGUCCCGCUGGUGCGCGCGUGCGCGCGCAGCGCCGUGCUGACCGCGCGCCGCCUGGCCGCGCGCGCCGCGCCCGCGCUCGCGGAGCCCGAGCGAUAUAUCCCCCAUAUCGAGGAGAUGUACGAAUCGCUGAGCGAUAUGAAAAUCAAAAGGAACUACUGCCACGGAAUAUUGCUACAGCUGAUAAAACUGUUGGAAGCGAAACCAGACAAGCUCGCAAUAGACAAGUCCAAGACCCGCUUGCUGCAGCUCGUGGAGCAGUCGAGUUGGAUCCUCCGACAAAGUGUAGGAGGUCUGGCCUGCUACCCUAUAGCCGACGAGUAUAUUAAGAUGAUUAAUAUUCUUAUAUGGAGAUUCGACGGAUUAAUUGAAGAAGAUUUUAUUAACAAAAUCCAAAUCACUUUGAAUAACCUUAUUUUCAAAGGAACCGGAAGCAAAAAAGAGAUAAACCCUGGGAGAGAGUUGUGUUUAGCUAACGCUGCGUACUUACGGCUCAUCAUUUCACACAGAUAUGAGAAAAACAAUGAUAUUCGUCAGUUCGUCUAUAAAUGUCUCGCACACAAGUGCUACGAAGUUACAUUAACUGCUUUAAACUAUCUCCUAAUACUUUACGGAGUUUUCGAAGUUGAAAAUAGUUUGCAGGAACAUUUACGUGAAAUAUGCAGCGGAUUGGAAAUGUUCGAAAGCGACUCAUCAUACACGGAAAGCUUAUGUCGAAUUUUAAAAUCUAGCAAAUACUUGGAGUGCACCCAAAAGUGCUUGAAACUAUUGACUCUGAAACGUGACACGGCAAAGAUUAUAAUACAAGCAAAAAUGGACCGAGACGACGGCAUUUCGGACGACUUUGUCAUUGAUAAACUUCUCUACUACAUUGAAAACGAACAUGAGAAUUUAAUGCAUUUCUACCUAGGCAACUUGUGUAACUUCCUAUGCGCCAAAAUGGCGGCCGGUGACGUCAACGAGUCAAAGCUCGUGAAAGCGAUGAAUGUGAUCUUCUCGUGCAGCCUGCCUCACAACAACGACGAAACGAGGACGGUGGUCGUAGAAUUUCUAGAGAACAGUCUGAAAAUGUUUCCGUUGCUGGAUAUUCAUUUGAAAAGUCUCAGUGAAGAGGAGAAAUUCUCGGUGCUGACGGCGUGGUGGGGCUGCGCCGCCGCGGCGCUGCACGACGACGAGGAGGCGCUGCGCGCGCGCGCGGCGGCUGCGCUGGCGCCGGCGGCCCCCGCGCGCGCCCCCGUGGCGCCGCUGGCCGCGCGGGCGGCGCUGCGCGCGUGCGCCGACGUGCGGCGGCUGGCGGCGCUGGCGCUGCUGGACUGGAAGGCCGAGGUGUGCGCCAGCGAUGCGCUCGAUGAGCAGACUCGAGUGUUCGAUCAAAACGAGAGGUACAAUAUUUAUCUCGAAGAAACUUUUUGGUCGCGCGAUUGUGCGCGGAAAAUAAAAGAAAUAUGCGACGAGAAAAACCUCUGCGAAUACAUAUAUGACCUCAUAAAUGUGAACAAUUAUAGAGAGACGUUCGAAAACCUCUGUGGCGACAAUUUAAUUAUGUUCGAAAAGUCAAUUCGAGGUUACGAAGGAGAAAUCAACCCUAAAGUGAAGAUUUUCGUCGAUACGUUAGAGACUACUCAAUGAGAGCCUCGUACCAUUUUUGUAAAUAUUUCAUACGUUCUAUUUAAUAAUGAAUCAAUUAUUUUGCAUUUUAAU